AUGGCUUCGUACACGGAGUCUGAGCCUGUCUUCACGAGCAGGUGUGAUGCUGUGGGCCUCCCGAGCGAAACCGUCACUAAGCUGAAGGCAUCUGGGAUAAAUACGUUGGCGAAAGUCGCUUUCGUUUCAUCGUAUGCUCCGGGAGCCUCCUCGGAUGCUGAGCUCAUCAAGGUUUUGGAUGAGGCGCUGGGAAGUCCCAGCGAUGCGGGACAAAAAGCCUCGUGGAGGAGGCUUUUCCACGAAGCCUAUGCCGUCGCGACUCAGGAGCUAAAAACAAUGGCAGAGAGGCCGGAUGAGGCUGGGCCGAGGAAACUCUCCCAGCCCGAGAGGGCGGAGAGAUAUCGCAAGAUCAAGGCAUCCGUGACAGGGAUCGACAUCCGAGAUAGGAAUGAGCCUAGCGAUGCACUGCUUGAUUUAUGCGUGGGCAUCUACGAGGGAAACCGUCUGAAGUACGUUUCAUGGGAUAAGUGCACUUCGAAGUCCCAAGAGCUCGCUUCAGAUGCGAAGAAAGACAAUAUGCUUACCUUGGACGCCCAGGGCCGCUUGAAGACAGAGUCCAAGAGUGACGGCAUCCGUGCUGACACGAGUUCGGAGAUUUUGCUUCAGUUCGCAUUGCUCCGAAUAGGGCUGGCUUUCGAGAUGGCCAAUCUCUUGGACUUCAGGCUGCACCGUCGUUGGGCGGAGAAGCUCAUCGAGACAAGGAUGACGGCUCAGAGCGAGUCGCAUUCUCAGGUCACUUUCUCGCAGCUCGAAGCAGCAGACCGAAGACUUUUUCUGGAGUUAGCCGAUCGUUCGCGAGAUGGUGUCCAGGCGGGGCCCCUGGGGAGGCCGCUGGAUGAUGUAUUCGAAGACGUCACGAACCUCCCAGACGUCGUUCAUCUGAUGCAGCCUCUGCCUAAGGGUACAGGGAGUGGCAAAGUCGUUGAUCCCCCGAGGCCUCGAUUCACUCCCUACGAUCGCUCGCCGAAGGGCGGCAGAAAGGGCAAAGGCACUGGACGAGGGAAUCCAAGGAUGCCUCGAGAGGUGGUGGGAUGCCGUGCAUGCACCAACAAGGGCGAAGCAAUAUGCUUCGGGUAUGGGCUCAAGACGUGUACUGAGCAGGUGAAGAACGGGAGGUGUUCCCGCGGCCUCCACGUAUGCGCAGUCCCGAAAUGUGGGCUCGCACAUCCUGCUCUGGAUCGCCCUCACUAUGCUUCUCUGAAGAAGGGAGGAGCGAAGCGCCCUGCACCUGGGACUGAGGAGUCGAUCGCCAUUUCAUCGUUUGACAAGCCAGACCGGUCGACUGAGGAGUCGAUUGCCAGUUCAUCUUUUGACAAGCCAGCAGACGCCAAGUUGGAAGCUUUUACUUGUACAGGACCUGAGCAAUUUUCUGCAGCAGCUGCUGCAAAGCUCAACUUUGAGAUGCACGAUUUGGUAAGCCUAUGUGACUUGCUGACAAGCGAGAUCCCCGCGCGAGGUGGCGGUUCUGGUGACGAGUUUGCUUGGAGCACAGGAGCCUAUGUGCACGGAGGUCUUCAGGUCGUGCCUACCGGACGUUCCGUUUACGACUCUGUGCCUUUCGAAGGUGGGUCUCUCUUACGAGACUCGACGAAUCCCUGGGGCAUGCCGAUGUGUUCAUCGCUUGACUCGGCUCGUUUGCAGUCUGCGAAUCGCAUUUUCAUUCAGCUCGCUUCGUUUUGUGACUUGGCACACAAGCUAGACAUCCCUUUCACGGUCGAGCAUCCUUGCGAUUCUUGGCUAUGGCACUUGCCCCCUUUUCUCGAACUUCGUCAGGUGGUUAAGUCUUCAGUUGUGCAGCUCGGAUUUUGCGGGUCUCGCAUCGCAAAGGCGGCCAUUCUGUCGACUGCACCUUUCCUGAAUGAGUUGUGUGUCUCGCCCGGGCAAGGUCCAGGUCGGGAUACCGACCAGCACAAGCUUUUCUGUUCGCAUUUUGCCGACUUGCUGCAGGCUUCUUCAGGCGUGCAGCCCGCCUUGCCUUUGCCAUCACUGUCCGAGGUCCGUGCUGCUACUCAUGCCCAACCUAAGGUUUCGAAGCGGCCACCUUUGAUUCCAGAGUUCGAGUAUACACAACGCAUCCGUUGCAAUGCUGCUCCUCCCUUGAAUGACAAAAACCAGCUAAAGAUUGCUUGGCAGGGCGUCCCAGCCAAGGUGCGUGAGUUGGUCUUUGGUGUCUUCAGA